AUUAUUUUUAGAACUUUAUUUAUUCUUUCAGAUCUAAAAAAAGAUUGACAAAAUUAUUGCAACCCUAGACUUAAUAUUUAGUAGCAAGCCCUUGGAAAGAAUCACUGAAAUCCACAGCUUCCUACAGUCCUAGAUGAGCUUUCUAGUGUCAGUUCUGACCGUUCCUGGGUCCGUACUGCUCCGGUUCUUCAAGAUUUGGAGGAUGCCUUUUUCAACUGAAGUUCCGAACCAUCCACAAGGGUUCAGUGGGAUAAGGUCUGGACAAACUGCUGGCCAGUCUAACCUUUUGUCUAUUCCUGAGUGUGUUUUGGAGUGUGCCUUGGGCAGUAGUGGGCCUAGAGUUGGGAGUGCCUAGGCAGAUCUGAAAACGCAGCGAGCACACAAACACACCCUUUGCUCCCCGCACAAAAUCUUGAUCAGAGGGAGACCGCCAGCUUUCUGACACCAGGUUUAGUAUCGGUGGCAUAAUUAGAGUUGCACGGGUCCUGGUAACCCCCACCAUGUUUGACUGUAUGGGCAGUGUAAAUUUCUUUAAAGGCUUCAUUUUCCUGUAAACAAAGAGAUGCAGUACAUUACCAAAAAGCUCAAAUUUCAUGUUGUCUAUCCAAGUGUAGUUUAACAACAGCUGGAAAACAUCAAGUUAGAAAUCCCAGACUUGUGUAACUUUGUUUCCUCCCUCAGAUGGAAACAGGGUCGGACUGGGGUGUGCAGGGCCCACCAAGGUAGCUGCCACAGGGGCCCCCACACACCCCAGGGGCUCAUGAUUCCCACCCAACCCCCUCUUCUCCCCAAAAGCAAAUACAUUAUACCCCUCUUCGGAACAGUCGGGCUAGGGAGAUUAGCGGGGGAGUGUCAGUUGGGAUCAGGUCUGGGUCGGUGGAGCCCACGAGUAAUGGGGCCCACCAGGUUUUCUCCCGGUGCCCUAUGGGCUCAGUCUGACCCUGAAUGGAGACCCCAGUAUUCCUGCAUUGCUGAACUGAGUUCUUUUUUGCAACUUCAGAGAAUUAUAUCAAUACGUACAAGAAUUUCCUAUAUAACAGAGACUGGGAAAGGCCCAAAAGCAUGGGAGGAUAACUAAAGUCAGGAUGAGAAAAACAACAUGCAUCAGUAAAGAGGAAUAUGAUGGCCAUUAACAUUCUUAAGGAAGUUAGAAGAGAAUCACAAAACAAUUAAUCAAGGAACUUUAAGAAAACAUCCCAAAUCCACAGUGUUUGUACUCUAUGGAGUGAAGCAUGUGACCUUGUGUGUUUGUAGUACUAUGUGGCAAUUAGCCAGGAAGGCAUUCUAGAAGGUUAUUGGGGGGAAACCCCAACGAAUUUCCCUUUCUUUGUUACUAAACAUGAAUCUGUUUGCCUGACGUCAGCACUCUGUUUCAUCACCGACAAGUUGCUGGAUCCAGAUAUUUAAAUACAGGGGAAAGCAAGUGAUCCGGCAGUGAGUGGGAGAGACUACACUGACUGCAAGAGGCACUUACACAUCUUAUAGAGAGAGGGCUCCGGUACCAACAGAGUGACUAGGAAACCUGUAUGAUGUUACUUCCAUUCAUUAUCCUCCUCUUCCCAGUCUCAUUACUCAGCGGAUUUCAGCCACUUUCUAAUAAUUCCAACUGCAAAGCAUUCCAGGACAAAUCACACUUUGUAUUUAAUUGUCUGGCCAAUGGCCUAUAUUCCAUCCCAUCACAUAUACCUCCUCAAACCCAAUCACUCCUCUUCUCCUUCAACCGUAUUCCAUCUAUCUCUCAGGACUCCUUCCCAGACCUUCUCCAUCUCCAGACUCUAUUACUAGGUAGUCAAGUUACACCUGGCACCUUUUCUGUUGGGAAAUCUGCCUUCCGUGGGUUUCCCAAUUUGAUUACCCUUGACUUGGGAGGCAACCGCAUCAUCAAUCUGCACCCUGAAGCAUUUGAGGGAUUGUCUUGGUUAGAAGUCCUUCUCCUGGAUCAUAAUGGUCUUGAUGAAUCUGUACUUGAAUCCGGCAUGUUCAAGGAUCUUACCUCCCUUAAGAAGCUUGACCUUUCUUUUAACAAUAUCCGCAGAGUACGGCCUGAUCCGACUUUUCUGAAGUUAAGUUCCAUUUCAUUCUUGCUUCUGAAGUUCAACAAAGUCAGUAUGUUGUGUGGUGAAGAUCUGCAGAACCUGCAAGGAAGGAGACUGCAGUUACUUGACAUGUCCUCCAACCCUCUACAACUUUCCAGUACCCCUCACUGUACAAAUCCAUUCAACAACAUUACCCUUGGGACCUUGGAUGUCUCGUCUAUGGGUUGGAAUGCUGAGAUGGUAGAAAAUUUUGUUAGGACAAUUUCAGGUACUCAAGUGGACUAUAUCAAGAUGAGGCACACUGCUGGCCUGGGAAGUGGAUUUGGGUUCCAUAAUCUGAAAGACCCAAACAAAGACACUUUCUCUGGGCUAAAUUCCAGCAAUGUGCAGAUCCUUGACUUGUCCAAUGGUUUCAUCUCCCAUUUGGUCCCUCAGCUUUUUUCUGCUUUUCCAAAACUCUUGUCCCUAGAUCUCUCCUCCAAUCAAAUUAACCGAAUGAGCUCUGGGGCAUUUUCUGGUUUAGGUGAACUGGUGAGCCUUAAUCUGUCUGGAAACCUCCUGGGAGAACUUAUGGGCAGCAGUUUCCAAGGUCUGGGAGCCACUUCAUUGAAAACGUUAGAUCUAAGUUCUAAUCAUAUUGGUGCUGUACAAUAUGGAGCAUUAGAUAGUUUUACUGCUUUGACAUCACUAAAUCUAAGGGACAAUGCCCUUAAUAAAAUCCCACCAACCAAGCUUCAAGGUGUUACUUUUGUUUUGUUAAAGCAGAACAGAAUUUCGGACAUUUACAACAUUAUAUCCUUCUGUCCACACGCCACAAUCCUAGACCUUUCCAGCAAUCGCUUAACUGACUUUAGGUCCUUGUGGCAGAUCCUGGAACUACAAUCCCUAAAAUAUCUAUCCUUAGCUAGCAACUCCCUCUACAGAUGCUCCCUACCACAUACGAGUAACAUAACAAGGACAAGUGGCCUUGUAUAUUUGGAUCUUUCUGAUAACGCAUUGGGACCGGUGCUUAAGUCUGGGGAGUGUGGAGACAUUUUUAUGCACUUGGGAAGCCUCAAAUCCCUAAACUUAGCCAGGAACCAACUGUCUAACAUUCCUGACACCAUGUUCAGGAGCUUGUCCAGUUUACAGACAUUGGACUUAUCUGGGAAUGGAUUUAAAGAAAUCCAAAGCAACUUAUUUACUGGCCUUACUGCCCUGAAGACCUUGAAUCUGGGGAAAAGCAACCUUGUGACUCUUUCAUCAUCUGUCCUGGACCCUCUGGGUUCCCUCGAGAGCAUUGACUUGUCAGAGGUGACACUGGUGUGCGACUGCAGUCUUUGGGAUUUCUGGAAAUGGCUGGAGGAUACCAAUGUCACAGUAAACGUAGGAAAACAAGAGGUUUUGUGCAUACAGCCAACUCCAAGAAUCCCAGAGAUACCAUUAGCUACUUUUUUAAAGAGCAGCUGUUAGUACAGGUCACAUGGAUUGUCCAUGCUCCUUGAGUUCUACUUUGCCAUGCUAUAGAAAAAUAACAUGAAUUCAAAUUACCCAUAAGAAUAACCUAAACAUGAUAAAUCAUUUUGGUGAUUCGUUCACCUCUGCUUCUGCCCCUCCCCCCUCCUUUGCGGUCCAACAUUUGGUGGAACCCUUCUUCUUCAACCACAAAAAGGGCUAUAGAUAUAUGAAAACACAUUUAGAACCCUGCUUCAAUUCCAGUACAUAAUCAACUUCAAAUUUCAACCCUUUGAGCCUUCAGAAUGUGGUAUCACUCACUUUAACUGCCCAUUAUGUACCAAGCAGUGUGUAUUCUUAAUUAUAGACUUUGUAUGCAUGUGUAUAUGUUUUAUAAAGCUGCCAGUGUUGUUCUAAUGCAUUACUGUACACCAUUAUAACUGGCUGUAUAAAAUAAAGCUGCAUGUAGUAUUUUC